AUGUUUGCAUCUAGACAAUUAUUAUUGUUUAGCGGAAACAAUAUAGCUAGUAGAACUACAACAACUGCUACACAAUCAACAACAACAAUAGGAAACUAUUAUAUUAAUCAUAAUAAGAUUCGUAGUAAUGUUACACAACACUCUGUAUCUAGAGGUAGUGGUUUAUUGAUCAAUAAUAGUAAAUAUUAUUCUACUUCUUCUUCUUCACUAAAUAAAUUAAAAUCAACAUUUACUUCUACUACUACUACAUCUUCUACAUCUACUUCAUCAUUAACUAAAUAUUUCAAGAAUAAUGAAUCGUCGUCAUCAUCAUCAUCAAAUAAUAGUCUUCUUUUAAGAAAUUAUAGUAUGGUAGCACCACCACCAAUGAUGAUGGGAGGAGGAGGUAAAGGAGGAGGAGCAGGUUCAAACCCAAUGGAUAAUAACAAAGAGACACAAAACUCUGCUCUUAGUAUGAUAAAGACGGUUGGAAAAUACUUGUGGCCCAAGGAUGAUUGGGGAUCAAAGGGUCGUAUUAUAUUGUCGGUUGGUUUGUUGGUUGGUGCCAAGAUAUUGACUGUACAGGUACCAUUCAUCUUUAAGGAUAUUGUCAAUCAUUUUAGUGAUGCUGGAUCUCCCGAUUACUUGGUCGUUCCAUUGGGUUUGUUGGUUGGAUAUGGUGCAGUGCGUAUAUUGUCGGCUGGAUUUCAAGAACUUCGUAGUGCCGUCUUUGCAAAGGUGGCACAUAGUGCCAUCAGAGAUGUUUCAUGUACCACAUUUAAACAUCUUCACGAUCUCGACCUUACAUUCCAUUUGUCACGUCAAACUGGGUCGUUGAGUAGAAUCAUCGAUCGUGGAUCACGUGCCAUCAACUUUUUGCUAAACUCUAUGCUCUUUCAUGUUGUCCCAACUGCACUGGAAAUUGGUCUAGUUAGUGCACUCAUGUAUCAACAGUUGGGAUGGGAGUUUUCAGCUGUCACCUUGGGAACUUUGGUUGCCUACACUGCAUUCACCUUUCAAGUAACUUCUUGGCGUACAAAAUUCCGUAAACAAAUGAAUUCAAUGGAUAAUGAAGCUCAAAACAAAAUGAUGGAUUCUUUACUCAAUUUUGAAACCGUUAAAUAUUUUAAUGCUGAAAAGUUGGAAGUUGAACGUUAUCAUCGAUACCUUAAAGAGUAUGAUGUUGCUUCUCUCAAGACUACCUCUUCAUUGUCAGCACUCAACUUUGGUCAGGCACUUAUCAUCUCUUCGGCAAUGACUGCUGUCAUGGUAAUGGCCGCCAAUGGUAUUUCGGCGGGCACUCUAACAGUCGGUGACAUGGUACUUGUUAACGGUCUGCUCUUUCAAAUUUCACUACCACUCAAUUUCCUCGGUACUGUCUAUCGUGAAAUCAAACAAUCUCUGGUAGAUAUGGAUCACAUGUUUAGUUUGCUCAACCUCAAACCACGUAUCCAAGAUACACCCACUGCAAAACCAUACCAAUAUAAAAAUGGAACCAUCGAAUUUAAUAAUAUCACUUUUGGUUACAACCCAAGCAAGACUGUAUUAAACAAUGUCUCAUUUGAAGUGCAAGGAGGUAAACGUAUUGCAUUGGUUGGUACUAGUGGGUCUGGCAAGAGUACCAUAUUACGUUUAUUGUACCGUUUCUACGAUCCCAACAGUGGUACCAUUCUUAUGGACGGUCAAAAACUCACAGAUCUCGAAACCGACUCGUUACGUAAAAAUAUUGGUGUUGUUCCACAGGACGUUGUCCUAUUCAACGACACUAUCCUCUAUAAUCUUGCCUAUGGUAAUCCAAAUGCUACUCGUGAACAAAUCGAAAAGGCUGCCAAAAUGGCCAACAUCCACGACGUUGUCAUGGCCAUGCCAGAAGGUUAUGAAACCAUGGUAGGUGAACGUGGUCUUAAAUUAUCUGGUGGUGAAAAACAACGUGUUUCCAUUGCAAGAGCCAUUCUCAAAGAUUCCCCAAUCCUCUUUUAUGAUGAAGCAACAUCUUCACUCGAUACUGCAACUGAACAAGUUAUCAUGCAUGCUCUACGUGAAUUAUUUAAAAAUAGAACUACCAUUAUGAUUGCUCAUAGAUUAUCUACUGUUGUUGAUUGUGAUGAAAUUAUUGUUUUAGGAUCUGGUGGUGUUGUUUUGGAAAGAGGUACUCAUCAACAAUUAUUGGAACUUGAUGGAAAAUAUAAAUCAAUGUGGUUAAGUCAAUUGUUUGAUGAUUCAACUGUCUAA